AUGAAGACGACUAAGGGAGGGAAAGUCAUGAAUCCCACCGACGCCUUCCGCAAGGAGCAGCGCAGGAAGGAGCUUAAGCGGAACAAAAAAGAAAGAAAGAAGGUACGGGAGGUUGGUAUUUUGAAAAAAGACCCAGAUGCUAUAAAGGAUCAGAUUGAGAAGUUGGAAAAGAUGAAGGCCGAUGGUGCUCUGGAUAAGGCUAGGAAACAUAAGAAAAGACAGCUUGAGGAUACUUAUAAUCUUGUUGUGAAGAAAAGGAAGGAAUAUGAAGAAAAGAUGAAAGAAAAGGGUGAGCAACCAGUUAUGUUCAGCCAUCUUGGACCACCAAAGAGACGGCCUGCAGCAGACGAAGACGACAGAGCUAAAAACCCUAUGCCUGAGGAUUCUGUUUACUAUCACCCAACCUUGAACCCAUCUGGGGCACCACCACCUGGCAAACCUCCUAUGUACAAAUCAUCGAUAGGACCAAGGAUUCCACUGCCUUCCUCAGUUGGUGCUGGGGCUUCAUCUUCCAUGACAGAAUCUGAAGAAGCAGGUCCUUCCACCAUGCCCCCUCCUCCACCGCCCCCUCCACUGCCAGCCUCUUCAGAACCUUCAGAUCUAUCUGUCCCUUCUUUACCUUUACCCCCACCACCGCCCCCACCCCCACCUAAGCCUGCUGGCGCUGUAAUAGCACCAGGCUUACCGCUGCCACCUCCACCUCCUCCUCCUGGUGCACCUCCCAGAGAACCUGUGUUAGAUCAUACAUUACUGCCACCACCUCCUCCUCCACCACAGCGGCCUUUGCAACAACCACCUCUACCUGGUACAAAUGAGCUGCUUAAUAAACAAACUGUUGGAGAGGGUGCAAGCUCGGCAGAUUCUACAAAGGCUCCAGUUGGGCUACCUCCACCUCCACCUCCCCCUAGGUUGCCACCGAACUCAAAUGAAAUGCAGGCUACUGACAAUACUGCUAUGGAUACUCCUGUUGUGAAAGAAGAUGCUAAAAUUUCAAGGUUCUUACCACCACCACCUCCACCGCAUCCAUCGCAGUUUCUGCCUUUGCCUCCAAGGCCUCCAAUGAUGCCUCCAGUACAACCUGAUAUUCUAAGUCCAGGUUUGGUCAGAUUUCCUCCACCACCGUCACAACCAGAUUCAAGGCCACCAUUUAUGGCUCCUGGUGUUGCUGCCAGGCCCCCUCCACCUCCUCCAGCAUUACCUCCAGCUCAAAUGCCAAUGGCACCCUUUGGUGUACUUCCUGGUCCGCCAGCAAUGCUUAGGCCUCCAUUUUUUCCAGGACCCGAAUUUGCUGCUUUUGGCCCAAGGCCGCAGUUACCUCAGCAGCCAUCUUACGUCAAAUCGGCUGCUUCAACAGUUGUAAAGAGACCAUUAGCACAACAUACUCCUGAGCUAACAGCUAUGGUUCCUGCAUCAGUUCGAGUUAAGAGAGAAUCCGCUCUCCCUAAACCAAAACCAAAGGCGCAGCAGCAGCAGCAGCAGCAGUCAUCUGCACCAUCAUAUUCUGCUCUGAAGCCUUCAGUAACCCCCAUAAAAUCUGCAGCCCAGUCUUCACCCUCAGCUUCUAAGCCACAAAGCAUUGAUGACUCCUACAUGGCAUUCCUGGAGGACAUGAAGCAACUGGGUGCCCUCGAUGAGUAG